AUGUUGCUGCCUGCCGUAUGUGAUUUUUCUUUUUUGUGUUACCUUUCUUUCUGGUGUGAAGUUCUAGAAGAAGUUAAUAUCACACAGAAGUAUUUGCAAACAGUGGGACUCACUCUUGAAAAGUGCAUUGUGAAAGUACAAGGUCUGAUAGAGUUUCUUGCAGAUCAGCGCAGUGAAAUUGUGGAGAAGGCCAUUUGUUAUGCAACUACUACAUGUGAAGAAAUGGACAUUUCUAUGGAAAGAAGAGGGAGAGUAAAGCUCUGGAAACCAAUUCCAGGAGAGAAGGCAAAGGACGCUGGUCUCACAUUGACAGAGGAAAUGAAAAGGGCUACGUUUGAGUGCCUUUAUCGUUUUCAUCACGAGUUGGAAAUUCGUUCUAAGGCAAUUGAAAAAAUCUUUUCAAUGUUUGCUGUUAUUCAGCCAAAUUCUCUGGUUGUGGCAACAGAGAAAGAUAUUCGUAAUUAUACUCCAAAACGUUUGACAAAUUCUCUAAUGAAGACAUUUUUAGGGAAGUUGAACAUCUUUGGAGGCAUUUAG